AUGGUCAUUGGUUUCUCGCUCGGCGCGGCGCUCGCCGCCACGAUGCUUCUUCGGCCCGGCCAACUGGGGCAGGCCCCCGUCAAGAGCCUCGUCUUCCUCUCGGGCACGCUGCCCGCCGACUGGCAAGAGCUUCAAGGUGGCACAACGCGCUUCAUGCAGGCCAUAGAUGUCAAGACUGUCAUCCAGAUCCCCAGCGUGCAUGCUUGGGACGACGGAGAUGUUGAGCACCCAGGCGAAGCCGAGCAGUUGCUACUCAUGUGUGGGAAGAAAAGCCGUCGGGUCGUCAGGCACAGCGCCGGGCAUGGCAUUCCGAGUCGGGGCAGCGAGGUGGCAGCCAUCGCAUCGGCCAUCAAGGACAUGGUCGCAGAGCUGGCCUAA